AUGGAAAGCAUGAACAUCAGCUCUUCAAUGCUUCCACCAGGUUUCAGAUUUCAUCCUACUGACCAGGAGCUCAUUGUCCAUUAUCUUAAGAAUAAGCUAUCAUCUUCUCCAACUUCUGUAGUUUCUAUCAUAGCCGAUGUUGAUAUCUACAAAUUCAAUCCAUGGGAACUUCCUGGCAAGGCCUCGUUUGGGGAGAGUGAGUGGUUUUUCUUCAGCCCAAGGGACCGGAAGUAUCCAAAUGGGGUGCGUCCAAACAGAGCAGCUGCUUCCGGUUACUGGAAAGCCUCCGGAGCUGACAGGCCAAUCAGAUCUUCUAAUGGGGCAAAGUGUGUUGGCGUGAAAAAGGCUUUGGCUUUUUACCAAGGCCGGCCACCAAAAGGCGUAAAAACCAAUUGGAUGAUGCUUGAAUACAGGCUUAUUGAUGAUGCCUCUCAGUCUCCAAGGCUUAGGGCAUCAACGCGAUUGGAUGAGUGGGUUCUGUGCCGAGUUCGCCAGAAGAGCAAGACUGCCCAAAGUAUAAUACUAGAUUACAAAUCUAAUGGCAGCAUCUCUCCGUUCACUUCUGGAUGCUUACAAGGUCAAGAUCAGAUCAUGAAUAAGAACGAUUCUAUGGGAGGCUUUCUUUAUGAUCAGUUACAAGCUUCUAAUCUUCUUCUGCCUUCCAUAGUUAUGGAAGGAGCAGAUGGUGAACAAGGCCAAGGCCAAGUAACUUUCCAUACAGAGUCCCAAGAAAACUCGGCAUACAAGGUUUCUUCCAACAGAGAGGUCCUUGAAUCCAUUAAAAAAAUACUCUCUCUUGGAGCUCUGGAUGAACUAGUGCCACCAUUGCCAACAAAUGCAUCUUAUAUUAUUAACGAGAGCAAAAACAACGACUUUCAAUUGUCUUCUCCAACUACUUCUGCAUCAAAUCCGUCAUGCUUCGCAGAGUUCAUCUAUUAA